UUGUGUUGUCACAUCAUUUUAUGUUUAGACCAACACUUCGCAAAAUGACCAAUUUCGACAUUGAGAUCGUCUCCGAUACUGUGUGUCCGUGGUGCUAUGUCGGGAAGCAGAAGUUGGAGAAAGCUAUCAAGGCCUACAAGGAAUUACAUCCCGAAUCAAACGAUAGUUUUUCGACCACGUGGAAACCAUACUAUCUAAAUCCGGGUGCGCCAAAGACUGGAAUUGAUAAGACCACUUACUACAAAACCAAAUUCGGCGAGGAGCGCACAGCAGUGAUCUUUGAUCGCCUCUCCCAAGUCGGCAAAGAAGCAGGAAUCAAGUUCAAGUUCGGAGGCAAGACUGGCAACACACGCGACAGUCACCGCUUGAUCCAACUCGGAAAAUCAAAGUCGCCAGCCGUCCAAACUCGAGUUGUAGAAGAGCUCUUCUCUGCAUAUUUCGAGAACGAGAAGGAUAUCACUAGUCAUGAGGUGUUGUUGAGUGCCGCUAAGAAAGCGGGGCUGGACGAGAAAGAGGCAAAGGAGUGGUUGGAGAGUGAUAAGGGUGGGAAAGCAGUUGAUGAAGAGGUCGAGGAAGCGAGAUUGAAUCAAAUCAGUGGUGUACCAAAUUUCACGUUUGAGGGAAAGUACAUUGUUGGCGGGGCUCAGGAUUCGGAGGUGUUCUUGAACUUGUUUGAGAAGAUCAAAGCUUCCAAGAGCGCAAAGGCUUGAGGGAGAUAAGAUCAAAUCUGCGUUGUCUGCUGGAGCUUGGUGUCAAUGGUCUUGCCUCGAUGUGUAUAUUGUUUCGUUCAUGGUACUGGGCUUAGCUCCAAGAUUGAG